UCACACUUUCUGCCUCCACUGAGACGGGCCAACAAGAAUCAUCCAUUCCAGUGCUGCAGCAGCGGUCUUAUACUGGUAGAAUGGUCAUACCAUCUGAUUUAGCCAACACUCCCUGUGCCGACCUCAAGAUCACUGGAGUAUUGGAGAAUUUCAACGUGACACUCAGCACGUCAUACACUCUAGACUGUUCCCCCAUCCUAAAAUCAUUUCUUGAAUCCUGCAUCGAAAAUAAUUAUGAUUUUGGGACCGCUUACGCUCAUUUUCACCCCAACAAGUGUCAUGAUCCCACCACCAUCGAAGACGGAUUAUGCAAGCGCAAAGUGAAGGACAAGGAGGACAGAGAGAUGAUCAGCACAAGGCAAGUACACCCUUGGCGCAUGUGGGAUCUGUUUGCUAAUCGGGUGGUGCCAUACUGGGUCUUUAAUUAUGCACCGUGGGGAAUAUCACACACAUGGAUGGAUGAGAAGGAUCGCAAGGAUGUGUGGACCCCUAUCAAUGGAUAUGAGUGGCCCGUGCCUAUGCCGAAGGAUGCUGACCUUAAUCUGAUCCACAUUGAGAUGUUGAACAAAGGAGUGGUGUAUGUGUGGUUGGAUGUUCUGUGUUUGAGGCAGAAGUAUCAUCCUAGGCAGGAUCACCUUGAGGAGGAUCACUGCAGGGAGAAACUCUGCAUGGAGGAGUGGAAACUCGACAUGCCCACGAUCGGGUAUGUGUAUGAUGAAGCAUGUGUGAUGUACUAUCUCAGUGGACUGGGUCAGCCACUGAGUUUAACACCUGGAUACUUUGACACUUGGACACUUCAGGAGAGUGGUGGCAGGAUUGUCAUUGGUGGUGACACUGGCAAUGACAAAGUUCAAACUACAUUCUAUGAAAAACUGAAAUUAUUAAGGGAUAUACACUCAUCCAGUUCAGUGGGUAACCUCCUGUUGCAGAUGCAGAAAUGGGUGUCAACAUAUCCUAUUGACAGAGUUGCAGGCUUGGUAUACUGUCUCAGAUCAUCAUAUAUCCCAAUAUAUGAUGCAGAGCAGUCAGAAGAGUCUGCAUGGGUGGAGCUUGUGAAUGCCAUGGAUGAUCUUUCUUUGAGACAGCUGUUGUUCUGCUACCCUGAGCCUGGGAGCAGAAGCAAAUUUUGGUGA